GACGGAACAGCCCAUCCCGACGUGGACCGACGGCCGCACCACCACCACCACCCCGCCCUCACUCACGCCCAUCGCCAUGUCACGCCCACGCUUCUCCUGCUCGGCGGCGGACGUCAAGCAGGCGAUCAGGAACAACCUCCUGCCUAUCCUUACCAUUUCGGGCGUGACGGGCGGGAUCCUGCUCGGGUUCAUCCUCAGGUUCUCCCGCAGCGAGCGAUGGUCGAAGCGCGAGGUGAUGUACGUGGGCUACCUCGGGGAGCUGUUCCUGCGGGCGCUGAAGGCGCUCAUCAUCCCGCUCAUCGUGUCCUCGCUCGUCUCCGCUAUCGGCUCCCUGGACCUGUCGCUGUCGAAGAAGAUCGGGCUCCGCGCCAUCGCCUACUACAUCACCACCACCGUGUCAGCUGUCAUCCUGGGCAUCAUCCUGGUGGUGACGAUCCACCCGGGGAAGGGCAACGACGACGACAUCAUCAAGGCGGGGGAGGCCAAGGCGUCCUACACCCCCGACCUCCUCAUGGAUCUGCCCAGAAAUCUUUUCCCGCCAAAUCUGAUCCAAGCUUGCUUCGAAACGGAAUUGAGAUCUGGGAAGAGAAAUACAACUGGACUCGGCUAUGACAGCACUUUCCUGCUCCCGAAGGAGGAGUGGGACAUCAAGUCCGAGCACUCCCGCGCCCUCAACAUCAUGGGCCUCGUCAGCUUCGCCACCGUGCUCGGCCUCGCGCUGUCCAAGCUCGGGCCGCAAGGGGAAGGCGCUGGCUCGGACUUCUUCCACUCGCUCUCCCGACGCCUCCGAUGGUCAUCACCUUCGUGGCUCAUCUUGGAUCUCCCCCGGUGGGAUCCUCUUCGCUGGUGCCUCCAUGAAUCAUUCGAGAUGGAAGACUUCAGCGUGAUGCUCGGUCAGCUGGGCCUCUACUUCGGCACGGUGGUUCUGGGCAUCUUCAUCCACGGCCUCUUCGUCCUGCCCACCAUCUACACGCUCCUCACGCGCCGGCUGCCCUUCCGCUUCCUGCCAACAUGA